AUGGCUGCUGAUCUGGGAGGGAGGGACCAGGCAGCCAGGCUGCAGCGAGCGGUGGCAAACAACCAGCUGGUCAGGCCACGCUUGGUGCUGGUGGUGUGCUGCACCGCAUGCCUAAACGAGGCGUUGGCCGUCGGUGUACGUACUCGGGGCCGGAAGCCGGAAACGAAGGAGAUAGCAGCUCCAGCAGGCUCCUCCCUGUCUCUGAUGCGUGCCGUGCGUUGCUCGCUCGGCGCCGCCCGUCCGCGUUGCGUCCGGUCCUCCUCCUCCGUGGUCGGCUCCGCCUCCAAUCCCCUCCCUUCUUCGACGAUGCGAGCACACCCGCUCAUCCUCUUCGUACCUGCACCGCCACCUCAUCCUCUUCCUCGCCGCGUCGACACCCACCGCACUCUCUCCCUCCCCGUGCAGGCGCCGCUACCCUGUUGCCGCGCCCGCACCUCCUUCCCCAUCCGCGCCCGCCGCGGCUCCUCCGGCAGCUCCGCCACGCGCCCAACUGCAACCUGUCUGCACGGCCACCGCUGCCUGAUUAAUCCAGUAUCAGUCAAAAUAUUCGGGAAGGAUUGCUUGAAGUAUUAUGGAGUUUAUGAAAAGGAUCCUGACAAAGUGCUUCAAGCAAUGGUUCAAAUGGAUGUCCUUGUUCCUACUGGAGAUAUGACUGCUGUCAGAAGAACCGCUCAAUUUUUCCUUAAUAGCUUUCAAGAGCGCCUAACAGCACAAAGGAAGGAGAGAGAAAUGACAACCGCAGAACUGGGAUUCAAAAAGCAAUUAACUAAGGAGGAGAAGUUUGAAAGGAGGAAGCAGAGACUUGCUGCAAUCGGAGAGGAUCUUUUGGCGAUUGCUGCUGAUCAACCAUUUCGCUUCCUUGCCACAUUUACAUUUGUGGUCAGAGCAUUCUCAGUUCUAGAUGGUAUUGGGAAAGGCCUUGAUCCUAGGUUUCAUAUUACAGAGAUUGCUAAGUCAUAUGCCAAGGAAUUGCUAAGGUUUAAUGACGCUGGUGUUGAAAUAGUUGUGAAGGCAAGUUUCAACAUUUGGUCAAAGCUGUUAACCUAUCUCUAUGAUAGCACAUCUCCUAAGGGUUAGGGCUUGUUUGGCUAGGAGCAGAUUGAAGGGGAUUGGAGGAGCCUAUUAAGCAUUGAACAAUUUACCCAUGCUUGUUUCCUAUUCUUUGGUCGUGAUAACAUUUGCAACCAUGAAUAGUACAGAUUGCUUUUCCAGGUGUGUGAAGAGACAUGUGUAUUCCUCCUAUGAUGAAUUCCUCAGGCUCCAUGAAGGUAAGCCUGUCUUAAUGGGCUUGAUUGUUGAACCUGACUUAGUACUUUUAUCCAUGUCACGGCAUUGAACCAGACAGUCACUCAUGUCCUUAGGAUAUUAAUGGUAUACAUCAACAAUUCAUUCUAUUUUAAUUGCUUGCAAAACUUUUUUGGCCCUUCAGAUGAGUUCCACGCAUCAAGAAGUCAAGAAUCCAGGAGGCCUAAAAUAGGUAAACUUGUUGUUAUAUCUUUUGUGCUCUCAGUAGUCGCCUAUUACUUGUUUUAAUUAGUUGAUCCAUGUGCAGUGUAUCAAUUUGUCUUAGUAUUUUUAUUCGUGGGGAUGCCUGACUCGAAUGAACUCAUGUUCAACACUGAGCAACCUACUUAUAAUUUUGGAGCCUAUAAAAAUUCUAAGCUAAGAAAGGUAAUAAAAAGGAACGAUAUUAUAGUCACAUCAUCUGAACAACAGUGAAGGGAAGGGAGGGAUAGAUGGUCUGAAUGCCUAUAAAUGUCGUUCCCUUGGUCUGCUUCUUAAAUUUGAAACCAAGAUACUAUAGUCAAAUACUUCUAAACUUGAAGCCUGUAAAUUGGAAUCACCAAGUUAAAUAAGAACAGGGGUAACUAUUCAUAGCUCAGAUGGUUGUCAUCCAAUACGUGCGCUAAGGCACAGACAGGUGAGGUUGCAUAUUCAAUCCC